AUGGCACCCGGAGCAAUCGUUGACGACUUCAUCUCGGAGCCUGUCCAGGUUACCAAGAAGGUCACCAGGCCAGUACCAAAGUCGAUCUUCCCAGACGGCAUCCGCACGUCGGGCCAGCAACCUCCCAUCUACGAGUUGCUCAAGCCCUACUCGGAGUUCCCCAAACACAUCACGGGUCCCACCGUCUGGAAGAAGGAGGACUACAUCGACCACGCGGAUCGAUGGAUACACGCAUUCACCGACGACGAGGUACAAGAGAUCAGCGAUGCUGCCGAUAAGUUUAUUGAAAGCGGCAUCCCACUGACUGGAAUUGCCAAGAAGCACUUCGUCCUCCCCACCCUCAGCAAGAGGCUAGAGACCCUCCGGGAGGACCUCCUCAACGGCAAAGGGUUCAUCCUCUUCAAGCGCUUCCCCGCCGACCGGUGGGGCCCUCUCAAGAACGCCGUUGGGUACAUGGGCCUCGGCACGCACCUGGGCUACUUUGUAUCGCAGAACGGCCGCGGCCACGUCCUGGGCCACGUCAAGGACGUCGACGAGGACCCGACGCAGAUCCACCGCGUGCGCAUCUACCGCACCUCGGCGCGCCAGUUCUUCCACACCGACCCGGGCGACCUCGUCGGCCUGCUCUGCGUGCACCGCGCCCAGGAGGGCGGCGAGAGCGACAUCGUCAGCUCGCAGAACGUGUGGAACGCGCUGCAGCGCGAGCACCCGGACGUCGCCGAGCUGCUGGCGAGGCCCGUGUGGUACUUUGACCGCAAGGGCGAGGUGUCCCAGGGCGAGGAGGAGUGGAUCCGGGCGCCCGUCUUCUACGUCGAGCCCACGGGCAAGGGUCGCGUGUACGCAAAGUGGGAUCCGUACUUUGUGCGGUCCCUGACGCGCUUCUCGGACAGGGGCGUCAUCCCACCGCUGAGCGAGGAGCAGGAACGCGCGAUCAAGGUGCUCGAGGAGACGUGCCAGAGGUUGGCGCUGCACAUGGUGCUCGAGGUCGGCGACAUUCAGUUCCUCAACAACAGUCACCUCUUCCACGCGAGGACGGCAUACAAGGAUCAUGCCCCCCCUGCGCCAAGACGGCACCUUCUGCGCCUGUGGCUAUCGACGCCGAGGACCGAAGGUGGUUGGAGCCUAGCCACCCCCGAUAAUGAUGAACUGAAGCGUGAAGGUAUCCAAGUAAAUGACACGCCACCCAGGGCGCCGCUUGAUGCGGAGUAA